AUGGCAGCAAGUCAACAUAGGAAUUUCAGACUACGAAGUAUUCCCAUUGAAUACGAAACAGAGAGUGAGGUCUGCAGCCUUAUUCAGCAGACCCUUGGGCUCGAACCAGGUGCUAGCCCAACUGUUUACUCGCUUGCGCUUUGUCCUGUCGAUCAAAACAGCAAGAUAGCCACAGUCAGCUUCCCUUCUAUCCCAGAGCCUUUGUCAGAUCGCUCGAAGAAUGAGUGGAUCUUUCCCCUGGCAGAUGACAACAGCAUCGGUUUCGGCAGGUCUCUUGUCUUUGAUAACCACUUCGCGGGCUUCACACCGUUUCAAAAGUCGAGUGAUGAGGAUUGCCAUAUCGAGGUCAGUGUGAUUGCAGUAUGCGGUCUUGGAGGCCAUGCCUUAGGUUCCUUCAAAGAGAAGAAUGGCCCGUUCGUUUGGGUUCGAGACGGUCUCCCUUCAGAUGUUCCUAAUGCAAGAGUCUUUACCUAUGGUUAUGAUACUCAGCUCGUCGAGAGUCGAUCUUUCCAAAACCUGUCAGACUUGGGAAGAGCAUUGCAAGUUGACCUUGAAGGCAUUCGCGAUCCAAACAAAUCGCGUUCUAUACUCUUCAUAGGACACAGUUUGGGCGGCCUUGUGAUCAAAGAGACUGUUCGCAUGUUGAAGGAACAGCCACUUGAACCCGAUUCAACUCUACUUCAGGCCAUCUUUGGCUUCGCAUUCUUUGGGGUUCCUCAUCGAGGCCUCGCAGUGGAGUGCCUCGUUCCUUUGGUCAAAGACAAUCCCAACAGGGCACUUCUAGAAUCACUCAACAAGAAUUCGCCCCUUCUGGAACGCCUGCAAAUCGAGUUUGAUAAGAUCUCGCAGACUAUGGGCUUCUCUAUCGUAUCCUUUUACGAGACCGAAAGGUCCCCGACAGCGGCCUGGAUUGAUAACAAAUGGGGGCCAUCUGGUACGACUGAAGUGUUGGUUGAUGUAUUCUCAGCAACAUGCGGUUGCCGACAACAGCAUCCGAUUAACCGUAAUCACUCUGAGAUGGUAAAGUAUACUGGUGUACAUGACCAACUAUACCGGCGAGUUAUGAUUGCACUUCGUCCUGUAAUGCGCAUUGCACGAGGAGGGCCCAGCAGUGUAGUUAAAGGAGGACAGCCUCAAGCUCCGGUUCAGAUCUCGGACGAUCAGCAGCAAUGUCUAAGAUCAUUAUCCUUUGUGGAACAAGAGCACAGAUACUCGGAGAUUUCUUUUGCUGAUCAUACUUGCGAGUGGCUUCUUGAGUACCCUCAAUACCAGGCAUGGAUGAAUCAACCUCGUGGCCUCUUUUGGAUCAAGGGCUAUCCUGGAACAGGAAAGUCUGUCCUCAUGAAGUUUGCCGUUGAUAUGAUGAGACACAGAAAGACUGGAGAGCUUGUCGUGUCCUUUUUCAUUCAUGGUCGUGGAGUGUCAUUACAAAGAACCCCACUGGGCAUGCUCAGGGCGCUGUUAAAUUCACUGCUCAUGUCGUUUCCAACCUACCUGACCGAGAUCACGGAAACCUUUCAGGACAAACAGCAGCGAUAUGGGUCAUACGAACAGAAGCAUGGAUGGCGCUGGAAUGAAAAAGAGCUGGAAGCACUCUUGUUCAGAAUUUUAACAAAGGGAACUAAAGACCAACCGGUGGUCGUCUUCGUUGAUGCACUCGACGAAUGUGGAGAAGAACAUGCGAAAAGCCUACUGGGUUCUUUCAAGCGCCUAAUGGAAGUUGCUGAACGAGAAGGAUCGUUGGUAAAGAUUUGCUUCAGCUCGCGACACUUCCCGAUUCUUGGCCAUGACACAAUGUUGAGAGUCAACGUGGAAAGGAAGAACGAUAGAGAUAUUAGAGUGGUUGUUGAAGACAGACUCAGAGAGCUUCAGCCUGACGCGAGGCGUCACCAGAUUGAGAAUGAGGUUUUGUUGAAGGCCCAUGGAGGAUUUCAGUGGGCCAUACUCGUCACCAACAUGAUACUCGACGAAGAUGCCAUCGCCGCUAAAACAGAGGAUCUGCUUAAAAAGAUCUCAUCUAUCCCACCAGACCUGGACGAACUUUACGGCAUCAUAUUGAAGGGGGCGACCAACGACAAGCACGAACAGAUGAUAAAGCUAUUCCAGUGGGUGUUGUUUGCGGGUCGACCUUUAUCAGCGCAUGAACUCCGAGAGGCACUUUCCACUGAUAAAGAUAUGGCCUUUACGACAGUCUCACAGCUCAGAUCUCACGAAAACUGGUCUGAGAGUGUAUCCCGGUUCGAAACGCGUGUUCGAUAUAUCUCAAGAGGUCUAGUGGAAUUCCAAGACCGAGAUAUCUACGAGCAGUAUGAGCAUGGAGGAGAGGAGUGGAACCGAGAAGCGCAGUUCAUUCAUCAAUCGGCUGCUGAUUUCAUUACUCAGAAACUCUUCGCUCAUGCUACUGGAGAACCAAUGCCUGGAUCAUCAGUGGGUUCGGGGCAUUAUGAGAUCUCGAGGUCUUUCCUCAAAUACUUAACACUCGAAGAAGUUUUAGAAGGGGAGGAUUUGUCGAGAGCGAGACUAUCAGCAACCUUUCCACUAAUGCCAUACGGAGUAUCAUUUCUCCUCGGUCACAUUAGAGCUGCUGAAGCUGAGGGUAUUCCACAGAAUGAUCUCAUCGAACUCAUUCAGUGGGACCGACCAGAACGUUUGAAGAUGCUCGCGACAAUAUGGAGAAUAAUGGACCCUGAAGGUACUCACGCUCCAAGGGGAUGGCCAUUUGUAGGGGCAACAGUUUUGCAUAUUGCUGUCGCGUUUGGUUCUCUAAGUCUCAUGGAAACCUUUCUUCAGAAAGACACAUCAGAUCUAACACUUCGAGAUUCUGAAGGAAACACUCCCCUCCACCUCGCCCUUCGUGAAAACAACGAAGAUCUAGCCCUCAUGAUCCUGGAACGAUCAAGGACCUGGCAGACCGAGCAAUACGAAGGCUCCUCCACAGAUACAGAGAAUGGAAGCAUAAAAAGAAGGGAUUGUCUUGCUCACGUCAAUACCGCCAAUCGUGAGGAAGAGACGCCUUUAGCUCUUGCUGUCUCUGUGCGAGCGGACAGAGUUAUCCAACACUUGCUCGACGCGGGUGCUGAGGUCAAAUACGAGAAGGCUCUGGUAUUCUAUGCCAUAAGCACUAAGGAUAAGACACUCUUAUCUAGGAUUAUAGAAGGAGGUGCGGACCUUGCAGGCGCUGUUUUCUUCGUAAUCCAAUGCCUGAACCAAGCAGGGCAUGGUGAUGAUAUCUGGCAUGGCCUUUUGAAACAUUUACUGGAAGCUGGUGCCAAUACAAAGAGAUUUGUAGGCUCCGAGGUCAAUGGUUACGAUGAGGCAGAUGAGAGUGACGAUGAGGAUUUCGAUCCUGAUGAGGAGGCGAUCUUUCUAGCAUCUCGACAAGGAAGGGCACAAGAGAUCAGCCUGCUUCUCUCACACGCAUCUUCAGCCACGCUCAUAAACCGUUUGGGCGACAUUCCGUUGUUCACUGCUAUUAGGAACCAACACUUUGAGGCUGCCAAGGUCUUACUUCAAGCCUCGCCUCAAACAGUCUUAUGGAAGAAUGAAGAAGGUGAAACGGCAUUGGAAGUGGUGAUAUUCUACAACCUAGGACUCAUCUCUGAUAUCUUUGAAGGUAUUCAACUAUUGAUUGACGGAAGUGAUGGAUAUUUAACCUCCCAGCAAGUGUUGAAUCAACUUGUUACAGAAGGCCAACAAGGCUUUGUGAAAAUCUUCUUGGAGACAUACAGGAACUCAGUACAACUGACCGAACCGACUGACUAUGGAUCUGCGCCACUUUUUGUAGCUGUGCGCAAUAAUCAUCAGCAAAUCGUCUCAACUCUGCUCCAAAGUGGUAACAUUGAUAUAAGCGCCAGCGACGAAGAAGGAAAAACCAUAUUGCACAUAGCGGUGAUGGCAGGAAAUUUAGAGAUGGCGAAUAUACUCCUACUCACAGAUACCGAAAAGGUUUUAGUUUCUAAGGAAGAUAACGAGGGUUACACGCCAGUUUGUCGAGCUAUUGUAAAAGAGGACGGAAAUAUGAUGAAGCUUCUUCUUGACCGCCGCUACUCUGACCUCAGUCAACAGCCUGUUGAAUUUCAAGCUCUACUUUGGUGGACUACCAAGCAUGGAACACCAAAGAUGGUAAGGUUGAUUCUCAAGGACGAAAGAAUAUAUGGCAAUCAAGGAGACGAAAACGGUCAAACACCACUGUGGUGGGCUCUGGAGAAGAUCGACAAAAACACGACCCGGCAUCCUUUUAGUUCAACAACCCUUAAAAGGCAGCUCGAGAAGAUGACUGACCAAGUGUUGAUGCGGUUGGCUUUGGAGGAAAAAAGAAAUGAUGACACUAUUCAGCGGGUUCUUGAGUCGGAGACAUUCGAUAUAAACAGGGAGAAUAUCAAGACUGUACUAGAAGUAGCUUUCUGGGCGAUGAGACAUGAGGCAGAAUACACUAUUCGGCUUCUUCUCCAGUUAAGUAGCGUCAGUACUCACGAAGGGAUUGAGAAGCUGGUACAAAUUUUGGCUUCAUGGGCGAUAGAAUCGGAAAAGGUUUAUGUGCUUCAGUUGCUUUUCGAGGAUGAAGGUUUCAAUCUUCGAACGGAAAACGAAAGUGUGAUGAGUAGCUUGUUUUGGUUGGCGGUCGGAAAAGGGAACGACCGCUUGGUCCAUUUGAUUCACGAUUCGGGCAAAUUUGACGUUAAUACCAAGGACCGAUCAGGCAAGACACCGCUGAUGCAGGCCACAGAGAACGGUGGUGAGGAGGCGCUGAAGUUACUUCUGAGAACAGGUAAGGUCGAUGUUCAAGCGACUGACAACGAAGGCGACACAGCCCUCUCGAUAGCUUUGAGGAAGGGCUACAAGACCAUAACUGAUCUACUAUCUGCUCACAUAAAUACCACUGAGAUGGUUAUGAAGCCUGCGGAGGGUUAUAUUACUGGUCCAUGA